UUUAGAGUUUUCACAUCAGUUUCUUUCCAUUCGCUGUUGUGUUAAAGCUGACGAUACAAAUUUAAUAUUUUCUUCUCAUUUUUUUCAUUUUUGAGGUAAAGUUUUUUAUAUUUUAAUUAUCCCCACCACAUUUUGGCAGUAAAAUAAGUGCAAGACAUGAAUUAAAAAAUUGUUCAAGUGUGCGCCGAGUGAGAAAAGUUAAAAAUCGACAUUUUAUGUAACGCACAAUAAGAAAUUCGUGUUAGAUAAUCAACUGAUAAAAUGAAGACAUUAAAAUUGAGUCACUAGCGUAGAUAUGAAAAGUGAGAGCUGACUUGAUACACGCGAUGCUGCUUUGUGCACGCAUUGAAGUUUUUUGUUGUGCUUUACAAUUUUAUUUGUUUUUUAAUGUUCAGAAUUUUUUUGAUUCUUGGUUCUGAUGAUUAAGUUAAUUCUGUUCAAUUUAAUUUACCCUUUAAAAUUAUAAAAAGCACGAACAAGUUUAAUUGCUCUUUUAUUGGUUUCAAUCAUCUGUAAUAUCCUGACUGACUUUAUCGAUAAUCUUUAGAAUCAAGCAACUAAUUGAGAUUAGCACUGAACUCUCACAAAUCACAGAUAAAUUAUAAUUGCAGGCUUAUUAGAACCGUUAUGAUAUUAAUGUCUGUACUUGCAUUGAUUAGUUUAACUGAUCAUUAGAACUGAUUGACUAGUUUGUGGCUGAGAUUUUAAUUGAUUUGUUUUUGAGUAAUUUUCAAAGUUAUGAUAGGUUAGAUUUGAUGAUUCAUUAUUUAUUUCUGAGAUUUUAAGUUUGAGUUUAGAAUCUCAACUGGAUCUGUAUGAAUUUUUGAAAUUCAACAAAAGAUUUGAUUUUGGAACUUUUAAACCAGUGAUAAACUUAAAGAUUGUGACUUUAUUCAUUCAUUUCAACAUAUUUUUAGCGUCCUAUUUAUGUAAUGCGAACCACUUAAUCAGCAGCAGUUACAUCCUUAAUAUUAACUCAUUGGUUGUGAUAAAAUGAAAAGUUUUUUUUUAUUCGAAAAUUACAUCAGAGAAAAGUAAAUUUCAGUACUAUGAUGUAAAUCAUGUUGUGUUCCAUAUCAGUUUACAUAAUUCAAAUCUAAUGCAUAAUGGAAAUGGAAAAAUGAAAUCUCGGGCAUAUUGGUUUAAGAUCAAAUAAGAUAGUUUGUGUACUUCAGAUAACUUUAAAAAAUAUAUAAAUCUACACUGAACAAGUCAAAUUAAUAUUCAAUUCAGGUUUCUUUCAAACAAUUUGAAACAAUGGUUUAAAAUCUUAAUAAAUCUUUCUGAUAUUGUCAAUUAUUGUCUGAAUAACUGAUUAUUCAUUCAGUUCGUUCAAUUCAAUUUAAACAAAUCUUCUUAUUUGUCAAUAAUUUUUCUGUUAAGUUUCAAACCUGGAAAAUUUUUAGUUGAAUAUUGCAUGCAACUAGGUUUAUCUUCAGAUAAUUUCAAUUCUGUACAAAUAAAGGAUCGCUUAUUAGCAACACACCUAUCUCAAUAGUCUAGCCUUCAUAUUUAAGUACGAAAAGAAAAUCUGAAGUUUUAUUGCUUUUACAAACACUCGCUAAGUACGUGUUGAAGAUGUUCUGCUGUUGAAGCCAAAAGAGAUUUUUGAUAAUUCUAUAGAUUCUUAGUGGAACUAGCUCCCUGCUUAAUUCAAUAAUUGCUAUUAUUAAUCUCAACUAUACUUAAAUGUGUUUGGCAACUAGAAGCAACUAGUUAAGUUUUUCAAAAAAUCUCAAAUAUAUAAUCUCAUCGUGCCAAACGAGGAACUUACAUUCGCUCAACAACAUUCAGCACAACUCAAAUAAUUCAAGUUCAAUGCGGUGUAGAAAGUAAUAAAAUUGAAUUGAUAAUUACACAACUUGAAUGUCAAAUAAUCAAGUUCAACCAGUGAAAUAAAAAACAAACUUCAAAACCACUGUUGACGUAAAAGAACCGCAAAUGUUGCUUAAAAGUUUUAAAUUGAAUUGUCAACCAUAAGAUGAUUAGCGUGUCCCUUACUUUUCUCACUCAUGCGUCACGUUCUUGACCUGAGAAUCAUCUAGAAAAAGUCAUUAAAAUAUUUAUAUUUAUUUUUUCAAUUAUAGACAUUAAAAACUCUUAGUUCAUCAUGAAACUUGUACUUGUUGCCGUUUGCUUAAUUUUCGGAGUCGUUAGUGCUCAAAAAUACACAACCAAAUAUGACAACAUCAACUUAGAUGACAUCUUGAAAUCCGAAAGAUUGUUGAACAACUACUUCAACUGUCUUAUGGAAAAAGGAAAGUGCACACCUGAUGGCAAUGAAUUGAAACGUACAUUGCCUGAUGCUCUUAAGACAGAUUGCUCAAAAUGCAGUGAAAAGCAAAAGGCUGGCACAGAACGAGUCCUCCGUUUCUUGAUCGAAAAGAAGCCAAAUCAAUACGCUGAAUUGCAAAAGAAGUACGAUCCAGAGGGUAUCUACUACUCAAAGUACGAGAAGGAAGCUGAAACUCGUGGCAUCAAAGUCUAAAUUUUCUUCAAAAAGAAUGCUUCAGUAAUGAGGAUUUUUUUUUAAUUUUUCCAUAACUUAUUUUUCAUUGAUCAAUGAAAACAAACCUUAUUGUGAUUUUUUCCCUUUAAUUUUUAUACAUAAAUUAUAGAUAGUGAUUUGACUAUUUUUUAUGCGACUAUAAGUUUCGAAACAAAUAAAAAGACCACAAAAGUAUUUUUUCUUAAAAAACUUU